CCGUAUCCUUUACUUAAUUAACUUUGCAAACAGGGAAGAUGAUGCUUGAAGGAUCGGUUAGCAUUAAUGGCCGGGAGUUGGAGACGAUGCUUGCUUUUAAAUCUCCCACAGAAGAUGUAGAAAAUGACUUAUUUGGUAAACCAGUAAGCAGAAAGAGUAGAGAAAAUUACGAUGAUUUGUCAGGAUCAUUUAGUAACUUGUCUGAGAAGGGCUUGUAUUCCCCAGCAUUGCGAGAGCCUCUGCACCAUAGAGACCUAGCUGCACUUAGAUUGCAGAAAGUUUACAAAAGUUUUCGAACAAGAAGACAACUUGCAGAUUGUGCAGUUCUUGCAGAACAAAGAUGGUGGAGGGCUUUGGAUUUUGCUGAACUAAAGCGCAGUUCUAUAUCAUUUUUUGACAUUGAAAAACCUGAGACUGCCGUUUCACGUUGGUCAAGGGCAAGAAGGAGAGCUGCCAAGGUGGGAAAAGGUUUAUCUAAGGAUAGGAAGGCUCGUAAACUUGCUUUGCAGCACUGGCUAGAGGCAAUUGACCCUCGACAUCGCUAUGGCCACAACCUUCAAUUUUAUUAUGUCCAGUGGCUACAUUGUGACAGUAAUCAACCUUUCUUCUAUUGGCUUGAUAUUGGGGAAGGCAGGGAAUUCUGUUCCGAGAGAUGUUCUAGAUUAAAGCUUCAGCAGCAAUGCAUCAAGUAUUUGGGUCCAGAGGAAAGAACGGACUUUGAAGUAGUUAUUGAGAAUGGGAGGCUGUUCUACAAAAACGGAGGGAGUCCCGUUGAAAGUAAAGGAGAUGCUAAGUGGAUUUUUGUACUUAGCACAUCCAAGACAUUGUAUGUUGGGCAGAAGAACAAGGGCACAUUUCAACAUUCAAGCUUCCUAGCUGGUGGAGCCACAUUAUCUGCUGGCAGAUUAGUGGCUGAUGAUGGUGUUCUUAAGGCGGUUUGGCCUCACAGUGGACAUUAUCUCCCAACUGAAGAAAAUUUCCAAGAAUUCAUGAAAUUUCUUAGGGAGCAUAAUGUGGACCUUACAAAUGUAAAGGUAAAACAUGACAUUGUUGCAUAUAGUAAAAACUCAAUUGAAGAUGAUGAAACAAUCAAAAUGAACACGGAACAUCAUGUAAGAAGAAAAUCUUUAGAGGCCAUGCUGCAUCUAAACAUCGAAACCGAAAGUUCGAGCAGCACAUUAGCCGAAGAGUUACCAGAGGAUAGAAAUGAGGAUUCUACUGCUGAUUCAAACCCUGAUCUACCGUCUAGAUUGUCAAAACGACUUGGAUCGAAAAUAUCAAGACUCGAAAUACCAGAAAGAGGCAGCAUUUUCGGUCAAGUAUUAGCAGUACAUCGUCCAAUUAGCAAAUUCUAUUGUCCAGAAACAGACUCGGAUUCAGAAUCAGAAGGUGGUUAUGAGACAGCAGAAGAAUCAUUUAUUGAAGAAGAAGAUUUUAUGUUUUCAAAAUCAAAUUUGUUUGUUGAAGAUCAAGACAAUGAAGAAGAAAAGUCUAUUCCAAAAGAAAUGAUAAUGAAGAGAAUAGAUUCACAUAAAGGAAUGAAAUCAUAUCAAUUGGCAUAUCAUUUAUCUACCAAAUGGACAACAGGUGCUGGUCCUAGGAUUGGUUGCAUGAGAGACUAUCCAGCAGAGCUUCAGUUUUUCAUCCUUGAGCAACAAAAUUUGUCUCCGAGGUCAAGAACAACAGCUCCAUCGCCUCGGAUACCGCCGUUGUCUCGAUUCAAUCCACGUGUUGCUUCUUCUCCAAUUCCUUCGGCAGAUGAAGCACCAACUAUUUAAGGGAUGUUAGUUCUGUUGGGGGUCAUUGGAGAUUUGGAGUAUAUAAAACCGAAUAGGAUUUUCUUUUUUUGAAGUCACUCUUUAAACCCAUAUAUAGUUCUUGUAGGUCUUGUGGUUGUGAGUGAGGGGAACAAAAGAACUUUGCAUGCAUAUUGUUCUAGUUCCAAAUGCAGAGAGAGAGUUUGAUUGAGUUUGCAAUCUAGAUAUGAAACACUAGCAUGCAACAUGCAAAUCAUUAAUGACAUGUGUUAUAGUUAUGAAGCAAGUUUAUUUGAGAAUU